AUGGCUCUUGAAGCUCUAACUUCACCAAGAACAGCAACUCCUGCUCUUCACUAUGAAGAUAUGGAUCUCUCUCUUGAAUCCUGGGCGAAGAGAAAGCGUUCAAAACGGCCACGUACUGAAAACCCGCAAACCGAAGAUGAGUAUUUAGCUCUCUGCCUCGUCAUGUUGGCUAAUGGCCGAGCCACCACCACAGCCGCCUUUACCACCACCAACCAAACAGACUCUCCGGCUACCCAAAAUAACUCCUACAAGUGCUCUGUCUGUGAAAGAGCCUUCCCGUCCUACCAGGCUCUUGGUGGCCACAAAGCCAGUCACCGGAAACUCUCUGCCGCAGCCGCAUCAGCCACCGUCUCUGACGACAACAACCCAUCCACCUCCACCACCACCACCGCAGCCGCAGCAGCCACCAGCAUCUCUGCACUCAACCGAAGUGGUAAGACCCACGAGUGCUCCAUCUGUCACAAGUCCUUCCCCAGCGGUCAAGCCCUUGGUGGUCACAAGCGGCGUCACUACGAAGGGAAUGUCGGCGCCUGCAACACUAGCGGAGUCACAUCGUCGGAAGGCGGUGGCUCUAGUCACAGCCACAACCGGGACUUCGACUUGAACUUGCCGGCUUCGCCAAAUCUCUUUAUGGGAUUGAGCGUUGACUGUAAUAGAAAAAGUCAAUUUACCGGUGAACAGGAAGUUGAAAGUCCGAUGCCGGCAAAGAUGCCUCGUUUAUCUUUUCCGGCCGAUCUGGGUUCUUUAGAAAGUCAAUCAGAUUAG